CUUAAAACAUGUUGACUUUUACACUAUUCACACACUCACUUUGACCAUGUUUUGUGAAUUCUACACAAGCAAAAUUAUAGUCAUGUACGAUCUUGUCAGAUUCAAUUCGACAUCUAGUUUCCAAAUAUCAAAUUUUUAUAUAAUUUAAAGUUAGAAGGAAGAGAAGUAAAAAUACAGGGGAGAGACCCAGGAGAGUAUGGAUGGGAGAUGAGAAAAAAAAAGGUAAAUAUAUAGUUAAUAGAAUAGGGAGGAAAGAAAGAAUUAUUUCCUUUACUUGGGAUACUGUUUUCUAGCAAAUUAGGAAGUCAUUGUUCAGAAUUUGUUUUCCUUCCAACCAAACACUCCCUAUGUGGAAUAAGUAAUAGAGAAUUCCAACUUCACAUUGUAUUGUUUUCAUGUUCGCUUUUCUGGAGUUCUUUAAUUCAACUUAGAAUCAUUAUAUGUUGCUCUCAGAAGCACUAUGUUUAUGAUAUUCAAAGUGAAUAUGCUUUUGAAUUGAAAUGAAAAUAACCAUUUUCUGUAAUGGAUAAAUCAUGUAUUCACUAUGUAUAUGCUUUCGUAAUGAGUGCCAUAAUGAACUGAUUCUUUUUCAAAACUAAUCAUAAUGAACUAGUUGUUUAUUCGUUUAGAGCAUGAAGCACCAUGCCCGUUUAUUUGGUUAGAGCAUGAAUCACCAUGCCCGAAUCUAGGAUAUAUUUUGUGCAUUGUCAUUAGUCCCAACCUAUGUUGCUCAGACACGGAUUGCGUGUCUACUCGGAUACGGGUGUCCAAGUGUCCGACUCGGCUAUUUUGUAGCAAAAACACAAGUUUAUAGUUUAAAAUGAAGUAUCCAAGUGAAGUGUCGGACAUGACACGACACCCGCUUUUUGAGGUAAAGGAAGGUGUCGGAGUAACAUACUCACUCCCAGCUAUGUCAAGCUUCAAUAAAUAUUUAAGGUUGCCUUAACUAGUUUGUGUUCCCAUCUAAAGAAAUUAUAGUGUGAAAGUAUGAAAAUGCAAGUAGUUUUUUAGUUGAUAAUGAUAUGGAGAAAUGUAGGACCACAAAGUUUUGUUUUGAUUGAAGAUUGCAUACUGUUUAGUUGACAAAAAUACAAGUAUUGUUUUCUAACUAGUUGUAUUUCCUUCACAACAAAUUGAGAUCAGAACCUGCUUCCUUAACUCCUUAAGUAAACUUUAUGUAGCAAAUUCUAUUUUUCCAAUUAACCAAACAAUUUCUGGUACUAUUUAUUUUUUGAGGAUUUGUCAUUGCUGGAAAAGGUAACUUCCUGUAUCUGUACAGAUAACCAUUUAAAUUAACCUAUUUUUAUUUCUUAAUUCUAAAUAUCAUUAGUAAAAAAAAAAAGUAGGUUUAAGAGUAACUCAAUGAGGGGAAAAAAUCCAUUUACUAUUUACUAGUGUAAAGAAUCCAUCUUUCUUUUUAGUUUUUGCCGGAGCACUCAAAAUUAAUUUAUAGAAAUUUAAAUAUACUACUAACAUAUAUAAUGUUACUGUAAGAGUGUAAGAAAUCGAGCAAACAAAGCAUAUAAGGAAUCACAAGCUGUUGGUAGACUAAUAACCCAAAGGUGUACACUCAAUUUUCUCAGUGACUGUCCCCAGCUCUGCUUGUCAUUUUCAGUUCCCAAAGACUUUAUACUUAACAAAUAACAAUAUCAUAUUGAAAGUUCCCACCUGCUUCCUCCACUUGUUCUUGAAAGUUAAUGAGUUCCAUCAAAAGUAAGAGCAGCUUAGUGGGUAGUUAGCCAUUUCUGAUAUUCCCUCGCUUUCUCUUUGCAACAUACUUUCUCCCUUGUUCUUAAAUUUCUGGUAAUAAUGGCCUUAGAAUUUGUUUCUGGGUUCAUUGUGUCAUCCUUACUACAAGAAUUGGUAGACAAGAUCAAAGCUUCAGCUGUUGAUACAAUUGCUCUAGCAUAUUCUUGUAAUAUAGAGGACGAGCUCAAAAAACUCGAGGCAACUUAUGUAAAAGCUCAGUCCAUGCUUGAUAACGUAGAUGGAUGGGACCUCAUAUCGAGCAAGCUGCACCGAGACUGGGUGGCAGAUAUCAGGAGAGCUUGCUAUGAGACAGAAGAUUUUACCGAAUGUCUGAAGCUUGAGAUUCUUAAGAAAAGAGGGGAUGUUGGAUUUUUUCAGUCUUACUGGUCAAAAUGGGGGUUGUCUUCUAAAAUCUGCAACUUGCAAAGCAAUCUGAUGUAUUUAAUAAGUGCAUCAGAUCAGUUUAUGGCAAGGAGUCAUGGAGUUAAGGAUGAGAGACACCUUGCUCUGGACAAAGAGCCGAUGAUUGUACCUGAUGAUGAAAGCUUCCGAAGAAAGCAGGACAAGGAAAGCAUUAUUCGGCUGCUGUUGCAACCAAGCAGCAGCAGUGUGGUUCUGAUAGCAGGGAUGUUCGGGGUGGGAAAAACUGCGCUAGCUCAAGUGGUGAAGAAUGACUCACUGAUCCAACAUCAUUUUGAUCAUAGAUUAUGGGUUUCUGUAUCCGGGAAUUUCAAUCUCAUGAAAGUUCUGUGCUCGAUGAUCUUAGACUUGCAGCUUGAGCAAACCAAAGACGUCAAUUCAAUUUCCUCUCCUCCAUAUUCUGAACAGCAAUGUACACGGCUGUUUCAGGGAUUGUGCAAGGAAAGAAGGAUUCUUGUCGUGCUGGACGACUUGUGCAAUUUCGUGAAGCCUCAAGAUUGGGAAGAUUUCCAAUCUCUCCUCCUUGACCCCUCUUGUGUGUUUGGUAUUCUCAUUACCACUCGCAACCCAGCAGUUUCCACUAUAGUUGCUUCUCUUAGUAGCAUCACUACUGCAUCCUAUUACUUGCAGCAGAUGUCAGAUGAUGAUUGUGGGUUGAUCCUGCAGAAAAAAGUUGUUUUAGCUGCUGUCAACAAGCGGAUGCGUUGUGGAAGGAAUAUGUCAGAGGUGAUUGCACUUCAGAUAGCAGAGAAUUUCUGCAAGGGAUUGCCAUUGGUGGCAAAUAUCAUCGGAUACCACCUCUCCUUGAAGCAAGACGAUCAAUGGCCUAUUAAACUGUCUAAAGACUUGUGGUGCAUGCCAGAAUUCAGAGAACUAAUCUUUCCGGCUUUCAGAUUGAAUUAUUCUGAUCUGUCCUUCUUUCUGAAAAAUUGUUUCCCCUACUUUUCUCUCUUUCCUAAAGAUUUCAUUUAUAAUAAGGAUGAUUUGGUUCGGUUAUGGUUCGCGGAGGGCUAUAUUAAACCCCAAUAUGCAGGUUUCCAAUAUUCAGACUGCUCAGAGUAUGCAGUCUUAGAAGAACUUGGAAAUUAUUACUUUGACAAUGUAUUGUCCCAAUCUAUCCUUCAAAUAUACCAUCCAUUUGAUCAGGAGCCACAGAUCUACAGAAUGCAUGAAUUUGUCCACCGUUAUGCUCAAUUUAUAGGGUCCGACAUGUAUAUUCAGCUAGAUGAUCAAUUUGUUACAAGAUCUGCAAGCCAUAUGCUGACUCCUACACCUAUUGCUUCUCGAUAUAAAAAUUCUCGACAUCUGUCUUUGCUUUGUCGGAGUAUUCCAAGACCAAUAUGGAAGGAUAUAGAAAGAUAUUCGGAGGGCCUAAGAACAAUACUAUCCCUCGGUGAGCACAUAAGCAUUGGUGAAGUUAGUUACACCCUUUUUCUGAAACUAGAAUCCUUGCGAGUAGUCAACUUGAGUGGAACUGAUAUAAAUGAGCUACCAGAGUCAGUGGGAAAACUCAAACAUCUUAGGAUCCUUGAUGUUUCCAGAACUGAUAUCCAAGAGUUUCCUGCAUCCAUUACUAACCUUUACACGUUACAGUUCCUCAAAGCUGAGCAAUGUCCUCUGCUUCUUCAAUUACCCAAAAGAAUAAAAAAGUUGACUCAGCUACUACAUCUCGAGGUUGACAUCAAGAGUUUGAGUUCUAUGCCACCUGAGAUAGGGAAUCUAGGUAAUCUUCGCACCCUUCCUGCGUUUAUUGUGGGUAGAAAGCAUGGGUAUCGUGUCACAGAAUUAAAGAAUAUGAAGUACCUCCAAGGAUCAAUCUGUCUCACAAAUCUUGAAAACAUCAAGGAUGGGGAAGAAGCAAAGGGAGCAAUGUUGAAAAACAAGCCGUUCCUCAGAAGUUUAGAGCUUGAAUGGUCUAGAUACUCUGCCAAUCAAUUAGUCACUGAAACUGUCUUCUGUGGCUUAGAACCUCAUGAAAAUUUAGAAGAGUUGCAAGUAACAGGAUAUGAUGGCACUCGAUUUCCAAGCUGGCUCAGUAGUCCUUCGUGUAAUUUGACUAGCAUUCACUUGCUAAGAUGUGACCAGUGUAGCAUCUUGCCAGCACUGGGGAAACUUCAAAAUCUGAAGUUUCUUCAUAUCGAGGAGAUGCAUUGUGUAGAAUACAUCGAUGACCGGUUUUCAGGAAUAGGAUUAGUUGGAGGAUUCCCAUCACUGGAGUCGCUGAAAUUGCAAGACAUGACGAGUCUUACAAAAUGGGAAGGAUUGCAAGUGACUCAAAUGCCUCGCCUUCGUGAACUCAACAUCACAGAUUGUCCAAAUCUGAUUUCUCUCCCUUCACUAAACUUGUUAGCUUCCUUAGGCAACCUGGAAAUAAGCUACUGCCCCGCAUUGCAAGCACUGCCUGAGGAAGGCUUGCCUUUAUCAUUGGAAACAUUGAUUAUUGUAAGAAGUGAAUUGUUGAUGCAGCGUUGCUUACCGAGGCAAGGUGUAGACUGGGAGAAGAUCAAAGACUUACGCAAUGUAGUGUUUGAUUUUGUGAAGAUACCCACACUUGUCAGAUUAUCUUAGUUAUCCUUUUAUUGUAGGAUUGAUAGUUUUCCUUUAUUUUGUACUAGGAAAAUUAGAGUAUUGAAACAGUAUAUUCAAGCUCUGAGUCCUUCCUCUUAUAUCUAUUUGCUUUCUCUGAUAAAUUAACUUCUCUAAAAACUGAAUUUCUCAGGAAUCAUUGAAUGUU